GAGCAGGUGUGUCUGGAAGAGAUGAGCUCCAGCAUGGCUGGCGCCAACAAGGAGCAACCCGCUGGCAUGAGGCGGAACAAGAUAAGAUUCUGUGAGGACGGCCCCGCAGCGCGGUGUGCCUCCGCACCGGCAGACCCCGGCACCAAAGAGCGAGUUGCCGUCUGGGACGCGGUGUCUGCCUACGUACAAGAGCAGCUCCUGGGGAACAAGGGAGUCUGGAUUCCCACCUUCGGCUCCUUCGACACCGUCUCCAAAGUCAUCACGACUGCAAAUGGGACCGUGACUCUGCGCUGGCCCGUGUUUCACCUGGCCAGGAACCUCAGAGCCACGCACAACCUCACGUCUGACAAGGAAUCCCUGUCAGACCAUAAGGAGUUGGAGCCCCUGAAAUACAGCGAGGUGGCCGCAGCUGCCUCUGUGACCCGGCAGAGAGGAACGUCCUGCAUCCAAAGCACCGUGUCCCUCCUCUCCAGAUGCCUGCGGAAUGGGGAGAACGUUGCCUUUGUCCUGAAGGACAUAGGGGUGCUCCUCAUUGAUGGCAUGACAUGUGGAAUGAAGUAUUACUAUGACUUCCUUGAGAAGCUCUCAGGGAAAGAGAAACUCGGAAAAGUUGUUUUCAAGGCCACCCCGCUGCUGGACAUGGUGGUGUCCCGGGUGGCACCGGUGGCCUCCCUGACGCUCUCUGGCCGGCUCGUUGUCUUCCCUGAGUUUCGGAAGGACUUUGUACCCAAACCACCGCCCAGGCUAUUCCGCAAGUCCUCCGGGAACGUCCCUGGUGAGGGCAAGCAAAAGAAAGAAGAGGCUUUGCCACUUCUCGUCCAGGGCAAGACAGUGAGAUUUACUGAAGUGCCAACCUUCAUCAGGCGCUUCACCUGUGCUAGCAUAAGUGGAGAAGACUUCAGAAGCACAGGCAAGGUGUCCAGCCCGCUGCCGGCCAUCCCGACAGUGUCUGAAACCCACGAGCAGCAGGGCCAGGCAGGAACCAAAGACCAAGAAGACCUGGGCCAAACAAAGGGAACAAGACAUGUCAAGUUCCAAGAAAGUGAACAAGGAGCGGGGAAAGCCCACGAGGGUGGAGCACUGAAGAUGUGGAAAGGAAAGGCCUUGCACCCUCAGCUUGUCAGGAGGCAGACGGCAUCUCGCAUCGGAGACAGACGGUCGUCAAGGGUUGAGUCCAGCCUGUCCAAGGCUGGAGCAUCCCGGCUGCCACUGCUGGCAUGCGACUCGGUCAAACUGCACAGGCUGAGGGCUAAGCAGGCCAGGCCAGCGCGGGCAGCACCUCAGGAGACGGCGGCAUCAGCGUCUCACCGGGAGCGCUGCCUGCCCAAGGAGUCCUCCACCAACAGAUCUGGUUGGCUGCCCCCGAUACACAAAGGAACAGAGUCCUCCAAGCGUCAGCCUCCAAAGCCCAAACCACCACAAUGAAGGCGGGCAAUGCACAGUUAAGGAGAAGACCAGGGGUGACUGUGGAAUGAUUUGUUGUCAUGGAAAGGGGGGUGGGAAAGUUACAAGGGAGAACUUGGGAAAGUAUACGAGCGGUGUUUGAACAUGUAAUAAAUGAUUUGGAUUGUUCACAUCUGAGUCCGUGCCUUCAGACGCUGCAAAUGGCGCCCACUGUGUGGGGCAAAAACAAGCCUUCUGGGUUCACAGGGAAAAGCAUCCACCA